AUGCUGGGAUAUGCCAAAUUCAUGAAAGAGCUGGUUGCAAAGAGAUUGAGCCUAGAGUAUGAAACGAUGAAGGUGCCCCAUAGCUGCAGCGCAAUUAUGACAAAUGAGUCAAUCACUAAGAGAGAAGAUCCUCAGGCAUUCACUAUUCCAUGCACAAUUGGCAUGCUCCAAUUCGCUAAAGCUUUGUGCGAUUUGGGAGCAAUCAUUAACUUGAUGCCCUAUGCAAUAUACAAGCAACUUGGUUUGGGUGAACCAAAGGCAACCACAAUGAGAAUUCUUAUGGCUGAUCGAUCAAUCAAGCACCCAGUGGAGAUAGUCCAUGACAUAUUGGUAAAAGUAGAUCGGUUCAUCUUUUCGGCUAAUUUCGUGAUUUUAGAUUGUGACAUCGAUGCUGAAAUCUCCAUUAUUUUGGGAAGACCAUUCUUAGCUACCUGGAGAGCAUUGGUGGAUGUCGAAAGUGGAAAAUUGAAGUUCCGUGUGAACGAUGUUGAGGUGACCUUCAAUAUCUUUCAAGGAUAUGAGGAAGUGGUGGCUACCUUAUCAAGAUUAGGAGUGUAUUCGAGGAAUCCAAUCAAGUUGGAUAUCGACCUGAAAAAUAGAAAACGUCCUCCCGCAAAGCCAUCAACAGAAGAACCACCGAAUCUGGAGUUAAAAGCCCUACCCUCUCAUCUUAAAUAUGCUUUCUUAGGAGCCAAUAAUACUUUAACAGUGAUUAUCACAGCCGAUUUGCUUGAAAGGCAGAUUCAGCUUGACAGUGAAUGUAAACCCAGUGUGGAGCAUCAAUGGAUAUUGAACCCUCCAAUGCAAGAGGUGGUGAAAAAGGAGAUCAUCAAGUGGCUAGAUGCAGGAGUGAUCUAUCCUAUUACGGAUAUAUCGUUCUUGGGCACAAGGUGUCGCAAAAGGGGCAGGAGGUUUGACAAGGCGAAAAUUGAGGUCAUUGAGAAAUUACCCCCACCAAUUUUAGUGAAGGGUGUUCGCAACUUAUUGGGUCAAGCAGGUUUCUAUCGAAGGUUCAUUAAAGACUUCUCAAAGAUUGCACAUCCACUAUGCAAACUCCUAGAGAAGGAAGUAAAGUUCUAUUUUGAUGAUGCUUGUAUGACCGCAUUUAAGUGUUUGAAAGAAAAAUUAGUAUCCACCCCGUUUAUCGUCAGUCCUAAUUGGUCUGAAUCUUUCGAAGUAAUGUGUGAUGGUAGUGGAAUGGCAUUGGGAGUAGUGUUGGGGAAAAACUACAACAAACUAUUUCACCCAAUUUAUUAUGCAUGCAAAACUCUAAAUAGUGCCCAGCAAAAUUAUAUGGUAUCUGAACAGGAGUUGCUCGCAGUGGUCUAUGCAUUUGAAAAGCUUCGGGCAUACUUGCUAGGAACCAAAGUAAUAGUACACACUGAUCAUGAUGCACUUCACUACUUGAUGGUGAAGAAAGAUGCAAAACCAAGAUUGAUAAGGUGGGUGCUAUUACUACAAGAGUUCAAUUUUGAGGUGAAAGAUCGAAAAAGGCUGCAAAAAUCAAGUGGCCGACUACUUAUCGAGGUUGGAAGGAAGGGAAGAUGCCAAGCGUGA